AUGGAUUCAUUCGCCAUUACAGAGGGCUUGGUCUCUCAGGAGCCACAGGAUGAUCAAACACAAUCCCCCGUGUCGACCAAAUUAACGGAAGAGACCAACAAGUUCCAACGUGCCAUUGCGGCAUGGAGAGGAAUCGACCUAACCAGUACUAUCGCGAAACUCGACACCACUGCGACCGACAUUGUCGAACAGCAGCGCGAUGCACUCGUCCAACGAAAAGACCUCGCGCAAAAGACCAAAGAUUACAAGAAGCUGGAUGAUGAAUCUAAGCUGGUGGAGUAUAAGGCGCUACUCAAGGCAUACCAGUCAUUCAUUGAUCUCUUGACCAAUCAGGGGAAAACAUCUUCCUCGUCGUUCUUGCAGCUAUACUCCUCAUUAUCGGAGGCGCCGGACCCAUAUCCACUCCUUGAAGCUUCUGUGGACUCCCUUGUCUUGUCGGAAGACACUGUCCCAAAGCUUACUUCGGAGCGGGACCAAUUGCAGAAAUCCGUGAAUCGCCUUACCAAACAACAAGAGGAAACCGAGAAACGUCUGGAUGAGGAGCGUGCUGCGCGCAAGAAAUUGGAACAGAACCAGGAAACCAGAGCCAAAGAAAUCGAAGCAUCAUGGGAGGCAGUCUUGGCGGAGAAGACAAACAACUGGACAGCGAAGGAGAAGAGCUUAGAGGAGAAGGUGGAGAAUCAGGACCGCCUGAUCAAGGAGCUCAAGGCAAGCUACGAGGUCUCCCAGCGACUGGGCGAGGGCGAGGGCGAGAACGACGAUGGCGAAGGUGCGCGUAGCGGUGCUACUGCAGCCGAGCUUGAGCUCGUCUCUGCCGACUUGGAGAAGACCAGUCUGAGGCUGGCAGACAUGGAAGCGCGGAAUGAACAGAUGCGACUGGAGCUGGCUCAAGCCGCCUCACACUCGUCAGGGCCGAUUUCCGUUGAAGAUGACCCCGAUUAUCUUCGCCUUCAGUCUGAGAACUCAUCUUUGCUGCGGAAACUUGAUGCUGCUCGGUUCGACAAGGAUUCAGAAAGACAUACCUGGGAGGCUAAGAUUCUCCAAUCAGAGAGAGCGGCAACCAAAGCGACUUCGGAGAGAGAAGAGCUGCGCGUGCGGCUAGCAAAGGUGGCUGACUAUGAUGAGAUUCGCCGAGAACUCGAGAUGAUCAGAUCUAUUGAGUUCGCAGGCGACGACGAUGAGGCUGCCGAUGAUGCUGCCGAAAAGGUCGCUGUUGAGACCAAUGGCGAUACGUCCAAAACUAAGGACAAGAACUCUCUCGAGCAACUCCUCAUGGCACGAAACAAGAAGUUAACGGAGGACCUAACACUUCUACGGGUGUCGAGCCGUGACAUCCAAGGCCAGCUUGAAACAUUGCGCAGUGAACUUUCCACGUCAAAUGCUGAGCUGGAAAAGUCUCGGACUCUGUCUACUACUCUUGAAAAUGAUCUUCUGCGUGUACAAGAAGAGGCCUCCAAUGCAUUCCCAUCAUCGGCAAUGUCCGUCGCAGGAACUUACUCCUCGAGAUACCCACACUCCGCCCGACGAGGCGCCUCGUCGCCAACAUCAUCCAUCAUCUCCGGCUUUGACCAGAGUGCCGUGUCUGCGAACACCAUGGAGUCGAUUCGAGCUGGAGAGGCAGUGGGUGGUGGCUCUGGUCUGUUGCCCAUGAUUCAGGCCCAGCGUGAUCGUUUCAAGAAGAAGAAUGCAGAACUUGAAACAGAGUUAUCAAAGCUAUAUGCAACUGUCAAGUCGCUGCGACAGGAGGUAGCAUCUCUUCAAAAGGACAACCUAAGCCUCUAUGAGAAGACUCGCUACGUCUCAACUUACAACCGCGGCCAAGGUGCCUCUACAUCUGCAUCGUCAUAUGCAAACACUCCUGCCUCUACUUCAAUCUACACCUCCGCGGACACGCCAUCUGGUCUAUCCCUCGACCGAUAUCAAUCCGCCUACGAGGCUCAAAUCUCACCGUUUGCCGCUUUCCGAGGCCGGGAAUCCACACGGGCGUAUAAACGCAUGAGUCUUCCCGAGCGGAUCGUCUUCUCCCUCACUCGUGUGAUUCUUGCAAACCGGACGAGUCGCAACCUCUUCGCUACGUACUGUUUCGCACUCCACAUCCUGUUGUUCGUCGUGCUAUACAUGAUGAGCAGUACCCAGAUCGAACAGCAUACUGUCAUGAGCGGCAUGGGUGGCGCCGCCGCUGCAGCAUAUGGCAACUCCAAAAGCGGGGCUGGGAGUGGAAGUGGCACGGGCAGCGGUCAGCUGAAGGACAGUGACUGGCAGCAGGAAGGUUUUUAG